AAGUGCCUGCGGGUUCAUAAAAUAGGCAGCCAUACACAGAUCUUCAUCUCUUUCUUCUCGUUAGCCCUCUUCCCCUCUUCCCUUCACCGAAUUGGCUUCUCUCCAAUCUCCACAAGAGUUUUUAAUCAAUAUACAUACAAUGAAGCAUAUUGUAAAGAUUAUGGUACUGCUUGUGGCCAUCUCUGCCUGUUGGAUUGGGCUCUUGCAAACUUCCAUUAUUCCACGUAGCCAUACCUGGUUGCUUCCCAUUUAUUUCGUUAUAUCACUGGGAUGCUAUGGUCUAUUGAUGGUUGGAGUUGGCUUGAUGAAUUUUCCAACUUGCCCUCAAGAAGCACUGCUAUUACAACAGGAUAUUGUUGAGGCCAAGGAAUUUCUAAAGCGAAGAGGAGUAGAUGUUGUUUCUGAAUGAUAAAUUAUUGCAGUUUUGUGCUAUCAAAACCUCUGGAUUUUCGCUUGAUCUCCGAGGUUUUUCUGCCCGAUCAAAUUUUGUGAAGAGUUGCACACCGCUAACUAGGUUUUUGGGGUUCCAGACCAGCCCCAGGACUAGAUUUUUCUCUUUAAGCUCUUGUUAUUUUGUUUAGGUGUAAUCCUCUGAUCCAUUUGUGCCUUACUGAUAGCAUUAUGUCUUUACACCAUUAUGCAGAAACUAAAGCAUGAAUACUGUUCGCACACUGUUAUUGCUAUACUUGAAAUCUUACCUUCGGAUACAGUUGCUUGUCACAGCAACGAAAAUGCUACGAGAUUUCCAA